AUGUCAAAUUGGAAUGGAUAUACUUUCAUAAUGAUCUGCUUGGUGCAUAACGUCUCUCCAUUUGCCAACGAAAAGGGUUUGCUGAAUAAAGGGAAGAUGCUUGAAUAUGUUCAGAUGACAGAAGGCAUCUCUGCAGAAUGGCUUUUGAUAUCGCUCAAUUACGUAAGUAACGGUGAACUGGAUCGGAAUCGCAAUAUUAUUAAUUUUACUAUUAAUUUAAUUGACCAAUUCGGUGUUAGCACAGAAGAUAAGGCUCAGGAUUAA